AUGGGGGGACCAACAUUGAAUUCACUUCUUACCUCAGGUCAGCACUCAUUUGUACCAAAACUGAUAACUAUCGCCAGCUUACCCUAUGAUGUGUUGCAAGAAAUUUUUAAUCAUACCAACCAACAUCAAGCUUUGGCCCUAGCACCAAUGCAUUCAAAUUUGCAAGACGUAAUCAAGAGAAAAUCGUACAAAAAUAUAUACGUUUACAGGUCAAGAAAAAGAUGUACUGACCACGAUGGAAGAUUUGCGAGCGCCGUUAGUGGUAUAUCCCUUCAUCACCCCAAGAACAUUAACAACAGGAAAGGUAAUAUGCAUACUAUAAUUUCGUUGGAUACAUUAGAGCGGUAUUUGGCAAGAAUGGACGCGCAGCAGGAAAUUUACCUUUUAGAAUUGAUUGACCAUCAUUUGGUCAUAGAUGAGUGCAUUUUAAGACAUUUCAGACACUUGAGAUAUUUGAAGUUGGGAAACAGCUGUUCUUUUUGCUAUGAUGACUAUCCGUGGGAGCUUUUUAGUUCCAUAGCAAGGUACAUAAAGUGUUUGGAUGUAACCACUAUACUUAUACUGAAUGUCCUUGGGACAGGAGAACUCGAAGUUGAUACCUAUAUUGUCACGGAGAGGAAGCUCCAUUAUCUUGAUGAAGAGGAGCCUUCGAGAUUAGUGGGUCAAAUAUCAAACCUAAGUACAUUAUACAUCACCGAAAUCGAUACAAUUAGAAAUAUGAGCUUUUCAUUAGAUUUGAACCUACGCAAAUUGUGCUUGUGCCAGGGCUCUAUUACAGGGGGCAAGUUUUCAAUUAGCAGUGCUUUGAACACCUCAGAUCUUCAAGAGCUAUACAUCUUGGGUUCGAUAGGGAUAGAAACUACUGGAUUCGAUGCUGAAAAUUUGGAACAAGAGUUCCCAAAGCUUUUGCAGCUUGGUCUUGACCCGACCAAUUACCUAUACUUUGUUUUCUCUAUGCAUGCCUCAAGAAACAGGGUCCAUAAUGUGUUGAAACUGCUAGUGAUGUCACAGCUGUCAGUAGGACCGGAUACCUCAAAACUUCAAAGCCCUUAA